AUGAGCAAACGACGAGCGUCAGACGACGAUGAGGAGCCUGCUAGUGACCAUGACAAGCUCGCUCGAGCCAGUCCAGUCCAAGCUCAGACAUAUUUCUGCAUGGUACCCUCUUGCGGUGUGCGUACGCCCUUCGGCUCAGCAGAGCUAGCCUCGCACCAUCGUCAGCGGCACGCCCACAUAUGUCAUGAAUGCCGCAAGACCUUCCCCGAUGAGCAUUUCCUCAGCUUGCAUCUUACCGAGCGACACGACACGAUGACGAUGCUCAAACGAGAAAGAGGCGACAAGACUUUUGCUUGCUUCCAAGCCGCGUGUAAGCAUGUCUCACAGACGCCCAAACAACGCGAGGUGCAUCUCAUCGAAGAACAUCAGUACCCGCGCGACUUUCUCUUCUCCCUGCCUCUUCGCGGCAUGGCCGGACGUCAAUCGCUUCUUCGCGGACAACAGUGA